ACCUUCUCUACUGCUCUUAGGCCCGCCAGCUCGUUGCGUCCCUCCCUCGCGCCCGCCCGGUGAUUCGCUAGGCGGUCUGUUGCUUAGGAGACGGUUCGCCGCCGGCGCAGACCCCGGGCCGGGUAGAGUCGAGAGAGCUGCCGGCGGUUCGGAGGUUGGGAUGAGGCGGCCAAGAGACGAAGGAUCCGGAGGGGGAGGCCCCGGACCCUCCACCGGCGGCCAGGAGUUCAGCGGAUGCUUGUAAGAAUGGCAGCAUUAUUCUCUUCACUACUACGUUAUUUCCGGAUAGAGUGGUUAUGAAUACUGGAAAAGAAGACUGAUGACUUAAGCAACUACUAUGACAGAUUCCUCACUCAUGUAACAGCAACAUUCUGGAAAAUCCAUAUUUGAAAAAGAAGCAUUUUCAAUAUUUUAAAGAAUUUGGCUAACCUGCCUUUAGAAAUGAAUCGUUACACAACCAUGCGGCAACUUGGGGAUGGAACAUACGGCAGUGUCCUGAUGGGGAAGAGCAAUGAAUCAGGGGAGCUUGUGGCCAUCAAAAGAAUGAAAAGAAAGUUCUACUCCUGGGAUGAAUGUAUGAAUCUUAGAGAAGUCAAGUCUCUGAAAAAACUUAAUCAUGCCAAUGUGAUAAAGCUGAAAGAAGUUAUUCGAGAAAAUGACCAUCUUUAUUUUGUAUUUGAAUAUAUGAAGGAAAAUCUCUAUCAGCUGAUGAAAGACAGAAAUAAGUUGUUCCCUGAGUCUGUCAUCAGGAACAUCAUGUAUCAGAUAUUACAAGGGUUAGCUUUUAUUCAUAAACAUGGAUUUUUCCACCGGGAUAUGAAACCUGAAAACCUUCUCUGUAUGGGUCCUGAACUUGUUAAAAUAGCUGAUUUUGGAUUGGCUAGAGAACUAAGAUCUCAGCCUCCAUAUACAGAUUAUGUUUCCACCAGAUGGUACCGUGCUCCUGAGGUUUUACUGCGAUCUUCUAUUUAUAGUUCUCCCAUUGACUUAUGGGCUGUUGGCAGCAUAAUGGCCGAACUAUACACACUAAGACCACUUUUUCCAGGAACGAGUGAAGUUGAUGAAAUCUUCAAAAUUUGCCAAGUGUUAGGAACCCCAAAGAAGAGUGAUUGGCCAGAAGGAUACCAACUUGCUGCUGCAAUGAAUUUUCGCUUCCCUCAAUGCAUUUGCCUAAACCUAAAGACUCUAAUUCCAAAUGCCAGUAAUGAGGCAAUACAACUUAUGAGUGAAAUGCUGAACUGGGAUCCAAAGAAACGGCCUACAGCAAGUCAGGCAUUGAAGUAUCCUUACUUUCAAGUGGGCCAGAUUUUAGGACCACCUCCACAAUAUUUGGGUGACAAACAGUCUCAUCCCAAGCCGAUUCAAGCAACAGAGCCAAAGCCAUCUCUACCCAAGCUAGACCCUGUAUCAAAAUUAGAAUCUGUAUCUAAGCCAGAAUCUCAGUCUUCAUCAGAUGCACUUGAUAAGUUUCAGCUGCAGUGUCUCUCAAAGAAUAACCAACAGCCGCUCCAGCCAAUUCAGCUGCCACAAUCAUUCCGUCCAUCCAUCAAUAAAAAUUCAACACCAAAACAAACAACCAUAGGACCUUCCAAUGGUGCAGUAGGCCUAAAAAACUGUCGGCGCCGAUGGGGCCAGACUAUAUUAAAGGCUAUGGAUAGUUGGGAUGAUUUUGAUGACUCAGAAUUUGGAAUCUCAUAUUCUAAAAAGCCUAGCAUUACCAUGUUAAAUGAAAAGACAACAAAGGAAUCUCUUUUUAGUGUUCCUGUGUCUAUGCCCCCCCAGUCUGGCCAAUUAGAAGGAGAAAACAGGGUUCUGAAGAGAAAUGACUCUGGAGUAUCAACAACAUCAGCAAAACAGUACUACUUAAAACAAUCAAGAUAUCUACCUGGUGUAAACCCUAAGAAUGUCUCCUCAGGAGCAGCCAAUAAAGAAGGAGCCCAUGGUGCCUGGAAUAAUCACUUGUUUUCAAAACCGAUAGCACCAGUUGGAGGUCUGUCUUUCAGCAGAGUCAAUGCAGGAAAUCCUGGCUUUGUAGGUGCUGCUUACAAUGCUCCUGGAGGAUAUAUUCCUUCCUUUCAUAAAAAAGAGGUGGGUUCAGCAGGUCAAAGGAUACAACUAGCACCUCUUGGUCCAUCAGCUACUGAAUAUGCUUGGAAAACAAAAGCUGCUCGUGCUCAGUUACCAGGACCUACAUACAACCCAGCAGCAAAAGGCAUGAGCGUUUUAACUCGUCCACCUCCAGUACAACCAGUGCACGGAAGGAUUGACUGGGUGGCCAAGUAUGGAGGGCAUCGAUAAAAGGGCUUUAUCACCCCACUUGUGCUUACUGUGACUGUUACAUACUUUCCUUCAUUUUAUUCUGGGACGGUUUAAAACACAUUUCUACUAAUAGAAUACCAAUUCUGGAAAGAACCAAGAGCCUGUAUUUUAUUAUCUCUAGGGGAAAAAAUAAUAUAAUAAAUACAUUUUAUUUAGCAAGCAUUCUUCAAAAUAGUGUCUCUAAGAUAGGGUUUUUAUUUUGUUUACAUUACCAAGUAUUCUACAAAGUAUCUUGCCAAAGCUAAUGAGUAUUUGAACUCUUUCUAGAUGGAUGGUAAGUCUUAUUGGAUCCCUUUGUUUUCCUAUAAAAUAUUUUUAAAUGGCAUAAAAUCUAAAAUGCGCAUGUUGGCCAUUCAACAAUGAUGAGUAAUUUAUAUAUGAAGAGUAAUGAAUGGGCAAAAUGAGGAGUAAAGGGUGACUUUCAAGCAGAUUUGCUACCAGAAGAUUUUUAAAAAAAUCAGAUUUGAACAAUGAAAGCAAAACAAAAACAAUUGAUGGAGAGGAAUUAUCUAUCGCACUCUAUUUGACACUGUUGCUAGCGUCAAAGGAUUCAGAACUAAACUACACUUAUUUGACAUUGUUUCAGUUUGGCCUAUGUCCUUACUACCUUUUGAUUGCCAUGAGUGAAUCCACAGGUCAGGGUGGAGAACCUGUAGCCCUCUGAAUGUUGCUAGACUACAACUCCCAUCAACCUGACCAUUGGCUAUGCUGACUUGGGCUGAAGGGAGUUGUAGACCAACAACAUCUGGAGGGCCACAGGUUCCCUACAUAUGUCAUCUGUAGUCAAUGAGCCAACUAAAAUAAGUGUUUUACAAAGGUGAUGUAUCGCUAAGAGCUAAUUUCAUGUUACAUUUUGUGGGCACGGGAUCACUUCUUGCAUGUAAAUCCUGUGGAAGUAUUGUGAAGGCUAUGAUACAUGUAAACUAUUUAGCUGGUAACCCAUGUAUAGCUUGUCUGUAGGUCUGACUUUUGAGUGAGUAGGGAAGAGAUUAAUCUGUAAGCACUUUGGCCCUGAUCCACAGACCCUCAUGUGAUAGUAAACUGGAUACAUGUAUUUUCUGAACAAAUUGUAGGUGGCUCAUCUUUGCUUGACACUGAAAUGAAAGAAGCCUUUCAUUGUACAAGACAUAUGUGAACAUGAGCACUGGAAACCCAAGGAGCCCCUGGAUCAUGAUUAAAGUUUUCUUGGAGAUCACUUGCAGGGCUGAUCCUAUGACUGGGAAAUAUAACCCGUGAAUGGUGUUGAGGAAGCAUCGUUUCCUACCCAGAAAGCCAGUUAGCAUAAUUGCUAAGCCAGGAAAUAGACAGAUAUUUUAAUUGUAAUUGCUGGAAGUAGCUCUUUAAUCUUUAUUCUCUGUAGGAUACUCCUUUUAUCCCUACCUGCCCCAUGCAUUUUCCCCUAUAACCUCCCUUCCUUUAUGGAAUCAGAGUUCUGGUGUUGUGUCACAAAUCGUUUGCAGGAAGUCUAAGCCACUGUGUUUUUUGACUCUUUGCUAAUCUGUUUGAAUUAGUAGCUUCAGUUAGUUCCACUCACUGUAGUGCCUUCUUUUGGUAACCAAAGUUGAACAACUACAGAAUUUCCUACCAGUUCCUGAAAUGUGUUUAUUAAAAUCUCAUUCUUGUAGCAUAGAGUUAGUUGCGUUAUCUUGCCUGGGACACAAUUACAACUUUCUUUCCCCUUUUGGAUGCCAUAAAUUACACAGUGGCCCAAAAUCUAUGUCCUAUUUCAAUAUUUAUUUUUAGUAGCUUUACUAAUAAUAGCAGACAAGUGAUCCAAACUCUAGAGAUCUAUAAGAUAUACUGCUUUAAUUGAUAAAUGUUGUGAUAUGUAAUGUUAUAUUAAAUCUGACAAUCCAAAGUUUUAAAACUAGCAUAUAUUGUUAUUACAUAUUUUAGAAUUAUAAAAUGUUAAGAGUUAUUUGUAGGCUAACAAGUAUUGUUAUGUAUUUUCUAAUGUACAGUUCUGUUGUAGAAUAUUUAUUGGUUGGUUUGAAGCUUGAAUUAGGACUGAACCUAUAACUCAUUUGAAUACAUUUUCAUUAUUUCAGUAGGGUUUACUGAUGUGUUAGAUGUGUUUUAACACUAAAACCUUGAUUUAACUAGUAGCAUAAGGGGCAAGUGAUUUUAAUUCAAUAAUUUUUCUAAGCUGCUGUUAUUCAGGCAAUAUUAUGGUCCUAUGCCGAGUUGAAGAAAUAUCAGUCUAAUACUGUGCUACUGGUUGAAGGUUUUCAUUCCCUGUUGAAUACUUUUGUUGCAGUCUCUCCAAGUUUUCACAAGUUUCACGUAUACGUAAACAGCAAGAAACUUGCCUUUCUGACUGGCCUGUUCUUCAGCUGAAAAUCAUUUGUUUUAUAAUAAAGCUAACUUCUCAGGAACACAAGACUAUAAUAGUUUUCCAUUAUUAAAAAAACCACAGUUUUUACAUUAGGUCCCAAUUUUAGGCUGGAGCUACACAUUACAAAGAACUGCUGCCAAAAUUGGCAGCCCCACAUGCAGAUGUGAUGGCCUAGAAAAAAGCUGGUUUCCCUCCCCCUUUUUUUUCUGGAAAAAGCUCAGAAACCCCCCUCCUUCCCCCCCCCCGGGCCUUCACAGUUGUAUUCUCACACUUCAGUUUUGUAUCUUGAUAUCAUUCUCACAUGUGUUGCUGCCACCCCUACCUGCCAAUGGUGUAGAGUGGAAUGGGUAAUUCUAAUUGACCUCAAUGCAUGGAGCAAAUUAAUGUUAUGAAAAGCUGGGGAUGGGGAGGUUGACAGUGUCUUUUAGAAUAUUGUGCCUGUACCAUUUCCCAGAAAUUAACAGGGUACAUGAGUUCAAAUUGGAAAUGUUGGUUCUGGCAGAAAAUUCUAAAAACUCAGAACAGCUGUAAUUGUGAUUACUUAAUUUCCUGACUGUAGCUAGAACUUCCCAAAUAUGUUUGAGGGUGUUAUUAAAAUUGACUGAAUCAGAUCAAGGGUACAGAAACAUAUUUCUUGCUACUUCAGCAGUAAGCGUUACAUAUUCAGUGAAGUCAUUUAGGGCUGCUUCAGUGUUCUUCUGUAUCUGUCGAGAGGGUCUUUCCAGUUAAUUAUGAAAACAAUGUUUUCCCUUUGCCUCAGUGACUGCAGUGCAGUUCAGUCUUCAUGCAAUAUUGGGAGAAGGGGCAUUGCUUUGCUGUAGCAGAGAAGUACAUGCUUCUGUCAUUUUUUAAAUAUCUGGGGAACAAGAUGCUGAUGCUGGAAAACACAUAGCAAUUGCAAAAAUGUGGCUACAAUCCAGCCAAAGUUCAAAGCAUUUAAGUUCCUCUGCAGUAAAUGGGAAUGUUAAGGAUGUGCUUAAAUGUUUCCCAUUGCGAUUUAAGUGCUUAAUUUUGGCUAGAGUGUUUUUUUUUAAAGAAGAUUCAGUGCUAUAGGGGGCAAAUUGUAGCCUUGUUUGGACAGCAUUGGCUUUUUAUUUGCAAAAUAUGCUCCUGCCCAUGAGUAGUCCAAUGGAAAGUUGUUUGAACUGUUUGAAAACAUUUUAACAGAAUGGCAUGAGGAGCUUUUAUUCAUCAUCAUUCUAUAAAAUAUGUACCAGUGACUCUUGUACUACCACACUGCUUGCUGUUGAGCCAGUUUGAGGCAACAGGGUGGGGGUGGGGUGAACAACUGCAUUUUCCUAGAAACGAUUGCUUUUUUAAUGCUAAAAACAUUAAAUUUUUUCAUAAUAAAAAAUGCUGUGUUGAGAAUUUUGU